AUGUCGUUACGCAAGGCGAUCUUUGUGUCCCUCAUCGGUGUAGCUUUGUCGGCCACGACAACAUCUUCGACACCGACCAGUGUAAUGGCCCCGACAUCAUCGACCUCCCCAUCACCACCGAGCACUGUGACCAUUACCGUGGGCGAGUCUGGCCUCGCCUUUACGCCAAACACAGUAUCGGCCGCCGUCGGCGACUUUCUCGUCUUCUCCUUCUAUCCACGCAACCACAGCGUGGCCCUCGGCUCUUGGGACAAGGCCUGCGCGCCCGCUCCGAAUGGCUUCUUCUCGGGCUUCAUCCCAGUCGCCGCCGAGGAGAGUGGCCUUGCCACGUUUCGCGUUACUGUCCACACGUCCGAGCCGUUCGUCUUUUACUGCACGGCCAGCCGGCACUGCCAGGACGGAAUGUACGGUGUCGUCAACCCGGCCACGACUUACAAUAGCAGCGAGACCAGCCACCACAACCUGACCACGUACGCUACUAUGGCCAGAAAUGCGUCGCACGAUAUCUCCCCUCCGGCCGUCAUGGGUGGCACGCUGGCGUUCAACGGCACGACCUUCAACGGAACGACCGACGGGACCAUCUGCGGCGGCAACAGUGCCAAUAUUACGUCGGCCAGCACUUGGUGCUUUCCGUUUAUCCCCGACAUUAGCAGCAGUGCCGCGGCUUUCGAGCGCUCUUUGUGGGUGGCAGUCACAGUGGCUUUGGCCGGGUGCUUCCUGUAG